AGGCCCUAGCCGUUGUUGGGCCGUGUGAUGCCACCGACGCGGCCCCCCGCAGUGCCGGGCAGCGCGCGUCGGAGGGCUCUCUCGCGGGAGCCGGCUGCUGCCCUGCCCGCGGCCUCGCCGACCAAGAGGCGGGCGCGGACUCUAGGCGCAGGGUCGAGGCCGUCGCUGAUCGGCGCUCCGCCAGCUCGGAGAGCGAGGACGCUGGACCCCCGGCACGGGUUGAACGCGAGGCUCGUGGUCCACCCUUCGGCCGUGCCAGCCCGAGCGGGAACGCUGCAGGACCUGCUGGACGCGGAGCCGAACCGCCAGCUGCCAGGCCGGGGUGGCGGGCGCGGCCCCGAGGCUGCCGAGGACGCGGCCAGUGCGAGUGGAGAGAGCAGCGACGUCGAGGAGCCCAAGGCGGUCUCAGCCUGCGUGCGACGCCUCGAGAGCCGGGGCAAGGCGCGGGUUCGGAAGGCCAUGGGCGAGCUGGACGGCGAGCAGGGGGCGGCUGGAGGCAGCAAGCUGGCCAUCAGCUACCUGGAGCGCCGGUCGGUGCGGAAGGCUACGGUGGAGACCUACCGCCAGUGCGUCCUCGUCUUCUGCGUCUGGGCCCACUGCUCGAUCGAGUGUCUCCCUCUGCCCGGCGAGCUGGACGCGCCGCUGGUCGAGUGCAUGAACUUGGAGCCCCUGAAGGGAGUGAAGUCGUGGCGGGGGGAGAAGCUGUUAGCAGGCAUCGUGUUCUUCCACCCGGACCACGGCCGCCUGGGAGGUUUAUACUUGCCUCGCUCCCUCCGCUGCCUGAAAGGUUGGAAGAAGCUGCCAUCAUCUCGCUCGAGGAAGCCCUUGGUGUUUGCGAUCUGGGCCGCGCUGGCAGUGGAGUUGUGCCGUCUGGGAGCGCCGCUGCUAGGGGCGCUCGUCCUGGUGAUGGUGGAGUGCUACCUGCGGUCCGGGGAGAUGCUAGGCCUCACGAGCGGCUCUUUCCUGGCCCCGAGCGAGCAUGCAGCGCAGAACUGGGCGGUGUGGCUGUUCCCAGAGUCGGGGGCGGCUCGGAGCAAGGUGGGGUCGGCAGACGACGCGAUACCUUGCGAUUCGGGACGGUGCCCUUGGACGAGCCACAUUUUCAGAGCUUUGAAGGAUCGUCGUUCGUCCCAGCCCCUCCUGGGCUUGAGCUACCCUCAGUUCCUGGGCCUCUUCCGCAAGGCUGCUCUGAACAUCGGAGUGAAUGCCGUUCCCUACCAAGGCCGGCACAGCGGGGCUUCGCUGGACCGUGCCACCAAUCGGCUAUCACAGGAGGAGGUCCAGAAGAGGGGAAGGUGGGCGGCGAUGACGUCAGUAAAGCGAUACGAAAAGUCAGGAAGGCUAAACGAGAGCCGGGAGUGCCUGUCCGACGAGACAAAGGCACACUGCGUGACGGCCUCGAGGCAGCUCGAGGAUGUGCUGCUACUGGGCCGCGCUGCUGCCAUCCCACCCUUUGCCGGCCGAGCAAGCUCCGGCCUGGGGCCGUCAGCCGGCAGUUGAGUAGGCAGCAGGUGCCCUACGUGCUGGAUUCGUUCUCUGGCAGUGGCGGUGUCGCCAGGUAUGCACGACGUCUUGGUCUUCAGGCCGUGAAUUUGGAUCUUCGGAACGGUGCUGAUCAGAAUGUAUGUUGCCUUGCAAAUCUGAAACUGAUUGAGAGACACUUCAAAGAAGGCUUGGUUCGAGCUGUCAUGCUGGCGCCCCCGUGUUCGUCGUUCUCGUUGGCUCGUAAUCGGUAUCCUGUCAGAAGCGCGGGGCACCCCGAGGGGCUUCCAGGGCUUUCUGGCCAUCACAUAGAAGCGGUUGAGCUUGGCAACUUGUGCCUCCAGGUUUCAGCAUACAUCAUUGGUCCCUGCCUUCGCUACCAUGUCCCAUAUGCGCUUGAGAAUCCUUUGACAUCGUAUAUGUGGCGUUCUAGAGUCAUGCGGG